AUGCUGGUAAACUGUGUACUGCUGCUGCUGCUGCUGGUUGUACACCCGCUACCGCAGUGUGAUUAUGUUGCUGGCCGCGUUUCCCAAAUUGCAGAUGCCAAGCUUGAGCCGUAUGAGCUGAGCCAGCCUCUGCUCUCGGUUCUGCUGUUCAACUGGGUCAGUCCUAUCCUCUCUGAUUGUCGUCGAGAGCACCAGGUAUCACGCAGCGAUCUGCGUGUGCCGCCAGAUAACUGCCAGGUCAGCUCAGCGUACGCCCGCUUCUCAAUGGGUGCCAAGCCUGGACAGCCAUUGGUAAGGCAGCUGUUCUCUGUGUUCAAGGUCGAUCUUGCAAUCCAGAUCGUCUACACUUUUUACAACACCUUCUCGGACUACAUCCAGCCGUAUCUGAUGCAGCGCGUUCUGCGUUUCAUUGGACGAGUACUUGGAGGAUUCGUCGCUUGGACUGCGGUUCGGCAGCAACAGUGGCAGUCGCGCGGAAUAAGCAUGGAAAUUCGCAAUGUUCUGGUGGCGAGUCUGACCCAGAAAACAUUGCGCCGGCGAGCACACGAGUCCAAAUCCAAGGAUGACAGCAGCAGGGACUCUUCAGAUGGACGGGUCUACAACAUUCUGACUGCUGACGUCAGCCGUGUUAACAAAACUGCGGAGAUGUUUGGAUCGGUCCUGUUUAGCCCCUGCCAGCUUAUCAUCGGAUGCUUCUACAUGUACCAGCUGCUUGGUAUAGCUGGGCUCUUCGGAACUGCGAUGAUAGUUGGCGUCAUGGCCGUUGGGCAGAGGCUGAUCGUUCGAGCUAAACGAAUCGAGGCACAGAUCGGGCGUUUUAACGACCAACGCCUAGAGACAAUCAGCGAGGUCAUCCACGGAUCAUCUCUGUCAAGCUGUUUGGGUGGUGCUCAAAGUUUAUCCAAGUUGUCGGCAUUAAACGUGCGGUGCAGCUGGAGGCGCUGUGGCAGAGAUCGAAGCUUCAACGGUCGGCUGGAUGGCGAGACGACGUUUACAGCCAUUGCUGUGUUUCGGGUUUUGCAGCGGGCGAUUUUCUGGAUGCCGGGUGGCGUCUCACACGCGAUCUCUAUCUACGUUUCGCUCAAGCGCAUCGACGAGUACUUGCAUGAGGAUGAUGUGCAGCCUGCUGGCGAGAGAGUCGAAGCAGCUGGACAUGACGUUGGAUUUAGCCAAGCCCAGCUUGUUUGGAAGCGAGCCGAUGACAGUGCGGCUGCUGAGGAAGGGACUCCACUUCUGCUGCAUGGCAGACAGCCUGAGGAUAGCCAGGCAUUUGCGCUGCGCAAUCUCACUGUGCGCUUCCCUCAGGGCGGUUUAACGAUUAUCGGAGGGCCAACUGGUAGCGGAAAGUCGUCACUGUUGUCAGCACUUGUCGGCGAUAUGACUGUUGUCAGUGCAAACGGCGAGCCCUGGCUGCGAAAUGCAACCAUCCGUGACAACGUGUUAUUUGGCGAGCUGUACAUUCGAGACCGCUAUGAGGAGGUUCUACGCAUGUGUGGACUGAAGCCUGAUCUGCGCACCUUCGUUGCUGGGGAUCAAUCGGAAGUUGGCGAGCGUGGGAUCACACUAUCGGGUGGUCAGAAGCAGCGUGUAGCACUGGCUCGGGCCAUAUACUCUUCGCGGAGGAUUCUGCUGAUAGACGACUGCCUGUCGGCUGUGGACUCGCAUACAGCCAAGCAUAUUUUGCACACUUGCUUGCUGAGCCAAAGCCCGCUGAUGCAUGUACGUCGUGAUGAUGCGCAGUGGCGAGAUAGUCGCAAAGGGAACGCCACAGGAGGUCUCUGGUGUGCGUUUGACGAUGUCGCAGCUGCUAGUGACGGCGAAAGCCAGGGAGAGCAGGCGCCAGCCGUGCAGAGGCAGGCGUUGGAGGACCCGAUGCCGAGGAUGAGUACAAUGAUGAGCGCAAAAGUAGCUGCAGAUACGCCAGCAGCUGCUGGCAGCCAAACUGGCAUGCAGGAGGCCCGCCAACUGGUCAGCUCAUCAAAGAAGAAGUGCGUAUGAGUGGCACGAUUAAGGCCAGCGUCUGGGCCGGAUAUUUCGGCAAGCGGUGGGUGGAUGCAUGUCGUCUUUUGCGCGGUUUUGAUUGUUGCUGUGCAGCUGUUGAGCGCGUAUAAGGACUACUAUCUGGCGCUCAGGGUGGGCUCAGAUAAGUCGCAUGAUAGCGAGUCGUUCCAGUAUGCAUGGCUUUUUAUCUACCUGCUGGUGAGCCUUUCGUCAUCGGUGCUUCGGAUGGCGGCUAUGCUACUCACGUACCAUGGUGGUCUGCGCGCCUCGACUAUACU